CUCGCUGCUGAGACACUCGAAAGGUCCAAUCUUUCGGUUAUAGGUGAUCUUGUUCUGUUCUGGGUCGGGCCAAGUUUUGAAAGAAUGACCUGUUUCGACGCCGUGAGCAGCUGGUGGAGAAGCCACGGGACGUGGCGAAUGGUGUACCUUCUCUUCCUGGGUCAGGUCGUCUCUUUCGUAAUGGCACUCGGGAGCUUCUCUUCUUCUCUGAUAGCUGAUCUCGGUGUGGAUGCGCCUCUCACUCAGAUGUUCUUUGCUUAUUUAGCUCUGGCUCUGGUUUUCGGAAGCAUCUUGCUUUACAGGCGACGCAGGCUUCUGGUUUCAUGGUACUGGUAUCUGCUUUUGGGAAUAGUUGACGUCCAAGGAAAUUAUUUGGUUAACAAGGCAUACCAGUACUCAUCGAUUACGAGUGUGACACUUCUGGAUUGCUGGACAAUAGCGUGGGUCCUAGUCCUGACCUGGGUGUUUCUAGGAACUCGGUACUCGCUGUUGCAGUUGUUUGGAGCCGCAUUGUGUAUUCUAGGCCUUGGCUUAGUGCUUCUGUCUGAUGCUGGAGUGGGAGGAGGAGGCGGUUCAAAACCUCUUUUGGGAGACAUACUUGUUAUUGGUGGGACUGUCUUCUAUGCCAUUAGCAAUGUCGGUGAGGAAUUCUGCGUAAAGAAAAAGGAUCUAGUGGAAGUAGUGUCCAUGAUUGGACUUUAUGGAUCACUAGUCAGUGUGGUUGAGAUAUCCAUUUUUGAAAGGCAGAGUAUUGAAUCUAUCACGUGGUCUACAGAACUUGUACUAGCUUUUGUUGGUUAUGCUCUGUCAUGCUUUGCAUUCUACACAUUUGCUCCUUCAGUCCUGAAGAUGAGUGGAGCCGCAAUGUUCAAUCUCUCUCUACUCACAUCUGAUAUGUGGGCAGUUGUUGUACGCAUCCUCAUCUAUAAUCAGCAGGUUGACUGGUUAUACUAUCUUGCUUUCGCCAUCGUGGUAGUUGGCUUGGUCAUUUACUCGAAAAACGAGAAGGAACCUGAAGUUGUACAUGCCAUUGAGGAUGGAAACCUGACACAUUAUCAAGUGCUUAACAAUGAAAGUGCAGUUUCCCCUGAGGAAUCUUCGACCUAAUGAUGCAAGUUGCCACUUUACAUUGCAGUUGACUGUCCACAUCCUAGUAAACUCAAUGGGACAGACUGAAAUUUCUACCCCUAACUGGUGCAUCCAGUUGUUUAACCUAAUUGUGCUUACAGAGAGAGGCUCUGCUUUGGCAUGAUGUGAUCAACUUCCACUGGGUCACCAAAACCAUGGUAUGGCCACAUUCUAUAUGUGAGGUUCUAGUUACAUCAUGUUGCUGAGCAGAAAAGGCAAUCUAUACACGAGAAAGUCUGAAGCAAGAAGCUAGGGCUUCUUUAAUGCAGAAUGAGUAAAUAAAAUUGAUUUAGGCCCUGAAUUUGUUGUGAGAUUCACAUGAAUAUAUUGCUGAAUGCAGAGAAACUAUUACUUGGUCAUUUGGAUUACUCACCCAUUUUGAUGUGGCAGUGUUUCCUGCAGUCAUUAUGUACUUGUAUAGCUAGUAAAACGUACAGUUGAUUCCAUCAA